AUGGCCGCUGAAUCUAUCCCAUCAAGAGGAAAUACCUACCAAUUAACCUUAUCCGAUGAAUCAAAAGAAAGAAUCAUCAAGCUUUUAGAUUACUCAAAGACGAUUGCUCAUUAUGGAUUCAUUCCAUUUGUCUUGUAUUUAGGUUGGGCUGCUUCACCUAACAAGCCAUCGAUCUUGAAUCUAUUGUCUCCUUUUCCAUCUGCUUAA